GACACUCGUUAAUGACAUUGCUCUGCUUAAGCUAAAGAGUGAGGUCAGGUUCUCAGACGUUGUGAAGCCUAUCUGUGUCCCGGAGAAGACAGAGGAGGUGCCAUACAAAGGGAUCGCUGUUGUUGCUGGAUGGGGAGCGAAUGAGUUUCGGGGUUUGACAUCCCGCGCGAUGCGAUGGGCUGUCAUCAACUUCAACCGCCUUGACACGUGCCAGAGCAACUACGGCGAGCUGGGCGUGCGCGUGGAUGGAAGGCUGCACCUGUGCGCCAGCGAUAACGGCACGGACCCGAGCCCGCCUGUCUGCGCGCCGGACUCGCAGGAGCGCCGCUGUCAGCUCGGCUUCGACUACUGCGAGGCCGACAGCGGUGGACCUCUGAUGGUAGCCGAGAGGGUGGAGAGCGGCCUGAAGUACCACUCCGUUGGUGUCCUGUCGUUCGCCGUGGGUUGUGGCAACGCCAGGUACCCGGGCAUCUACACGCGCGUCGACUCGUAUCUCGACUGGAUAGCGCAGACCAUAGCCGGCAACUGAGCGGGGACACUGGAGCCGUCGUACUUGAGAGCCGAGGACGGGUGGACCGAUCCACGGCCGACAGCUCAAAAGCGUGCGACAAAAACGCGUCGAACAGGAGCGCCGGGGCGCCGGUAACAUCCAGGACGAGGUUUUGUACUGUGCACUGUGAUAGGCUGGUGACCGUGCGGGGGCUGCAGAAGUGAUAGGUCUGAGCAUCACGUCGAUCUGGCGGAAACAUGGCGCACCGUGGAGCGCUGAACGAGAGAGGCAGUUUUUUGAACGAUCACUGUCAAGUGCAGAAAAAGUUGAUCGGUGAAAUGUAUAUGGUCGUUGCGAUGGAUGCUGGUCGUUGAGGUAGGCCGUGGGGUAACGCGAUAUAUCUGCUAAUCUUGUUUAACCGAUCAAUGACAACGCCGAUGCAUUGUUCGACUUUUUGCUGAGCUGUCACUCAGCAAAGUGGAAACUGGUCAUCUUUCUGCUAAAAGAGGAGGCGCGCGUGCGCCUUCGACAAUUUGUAAUGCUCAUGAUCCUGAGGUGUAUUAUUUGAAUGUGGUAUGCUGACGGUUUGUAACGUGCUGCUGCUUUCUCAAGAGUUGUUUUGUACUCCAGGGGUCAUGUGCAAAUGAUGUCGAGUGUACGACAUCGAAAUUACAUCGAAACGUCAAGUACUAUUUCAGAACAUUGAA